ACCAACUGUAAAAACAGUCUUAAACACCGCAGUCAGGUUAGCAGCCCUGAGUGGCCGCACGAGGUUCACCGCAACGCGCAUGUGGCAACUCAAAAUUAUCGCACAUCGCCCUGCUCGUCCAUGUUUCCAGAUAUCCGCUUCUACCAAGACAAAAAUAGACUGCUGUAGAGCAAACAAGAGCGCAGAAAACAAUGCUGGCUCGGCUCGUGGGCCGCAAGUUCAAGGCGUUCAACCUGCAGACCGUCUGCGUCGCCGCGGCUCUGCUCUGCCUGUCCAUCCUCACCUUGACCCAUGUGCUCACCGACAGCAGCUACCAGGAGUAUCUGCGCAAGGCCAGGAUCGCGAGAGCAGCGCAGAACGAGACGCUUGGGUUUGGAGAGAUCGUCUAUAUCAGCAUGCCCCACCGCACAGACAGACAGGACGCAAUGAAUCUGCUCGCGUCGUGGACCGGUAUCCGGCUCAGGCAUCUGCCUGGCGUGGACGGCAGCAAGAUUGACGAGAAAGCAAAGCCGGACUUUACGCCUGAGGAUAUGACGACCAGUGUACUUGGAUGCUGGAGAGCCCAUGCGAACGCGUGGCGCGAGAUGCUGGACUCGAAAGUUGAGACCAUGCUGGUGUUAGAAGAUGAUAUCGACUGGGACGUAAACAUCCACGACAUAAUGGAACGCUUCUCGUUCCAGAUGCAAAACAACUCGUUACGAACCCACGUCAUCACCCCGCACGAACGCGACUCUGCUCCCUACGGCCUCGACUGGGACCUCAUCAACAUGGGCCAAUGCUACAACCACGCGAACCCGGACCGUCCCGACCUAUUCAUAACCUACCCCGACCCGACCGCGCCUCCGAUCGACUCUCUCUCAAACAGCAUCAAGCAAUUCCUCGAGUUCUUCAAAGUCACCCGCGACGAAAUGGAGUCAAAGAGACUCAUCUCCCCGUCCUUCCACCCCAUCUGCACAAUGGCCUACGCACUCACCCGCCGCGGCGCACAACGCCUCCUUCUCCACAGCUCUUACGCUGGUCUCCACGGGCCCGUCGACCUUGAAAUCAGCGACCACGCGGGAAACGGCAAGAUCCACGCCUACGACCUCUCCCCCCCGCCUUUCAACUCCUGGCGCGUCGACGGCAAGAAGGACUCCGACAACAACGCGCGGCAGGACCCGGAGCUGACAAUCUCCGGAACGGGAAAUCUUGGUGGCAGAAGUAUGAAUCUGAGGACGAGCGCGAGAAAGGAUAUGGUGAGACGGUUGACGAUCGAUAAUUGGCGGGAUUAUGAUGUUACGCAUCCGAUUGUGCGGAACUAUGCGGUGCCGCCUGCGUAUAACGACGAUAAUCAGCUCAGCGUAGAGCCUUUGUAGAUUGCUUCUAUGCUUCUGUUAGUUUUGGUUGGUUUGGAUAAAGUAAUUUGAUAUAGACAUGAAAUAGGACAUGAAAUAGAAUAGACAUCGCAGCCAAAACCCUACAAAACUCCAAUUGACU